AAAAGAAGAAGAAGAAAUACACAAAAUGGCCCCGCCCCCACCAGAGUAGCUGGGUUGUCGAUCGAAGCGCCAUUUUCAUAGACGAGCGGAACGCGGAAAGGGCAACAUUGUGAUAGAAGAAGCGCCGACAAAACUUCACUCCGAAAUACAACAAAUACGAUCCAGCCAUGCAUCGUGAAUGUCCACUUGACUGCAAGGUCUACGUUGGGAAUCUUGGGAACAAUGGAAACAAGACCGAGUUAGAAAGAUCUUUUAGUUACUAUGGGCCUCUUCGCAGCGUAUGGGUGGCGAGGAACCCACCAGGCUUUGCCUUUGUCGAAUUUGAAGACCCCAGAGAUGCUGUUGAUGCCGUGCGCGAGCUUGAUGGGAGAACUUUAUGCGGUUGCCGUGUACGAGUGGAGCUGUCCAAUGGCGAGAAGCGGAGCCGCAGCCGCGGGGCCCCCCCUUCGUGGAGCCGACGCCCUCGAGAACGAGAUGACUACAGGCGACGUAGCAGCCCACCGCCACGGCGAAGAUCUCCACGCAGGAGGAGCUUUAGUCGUAGUCGCAGCAGGUCUUUCUCACGAGACAGGAGAAGGGAGCGGUCCGCUUCCCGGGACAGGAACCACAAACCUUCAAGGUCCUUCUCUCGAUCAAGGAGUCGCUCCAGAUCAAAUGACAGGAAGUAGAGCGGGAAGUGAGUGGAAGAAAACUAAUGUUUUGACAUUUUCACAUGGACAUUUGUGUAGUUUUUUUUUAAUCAGUCAAGAUUUUUAGUCCCAACACCAUCAAUUUAGUAUGGAUGUCCUGGAAAAAAAAGUGCACCACCGAGCAUUCCAUUUCACCAGUUAUAUUUACUACUUGUUCUUAUUUGCCUUUUUUGUAAAUGGAUAUUAACAGUUUGCCACAUAGUAGGAGUUCAUGUUUUAUGUUGCUUGGUAAGAAACCUUAACGUUUUAUCUAGAAAGCCAACUCGUGUUCACCGUGUGACUUUCUUACUUCACAGUGAAGGUUUCCAUCUGUGCUUGUUAGUCGUUCUUUUUCUUUCUUUUUUUAAACAAGGCAGGCAGAUUGCUUAAGAUAUGGAACACACCUGAAUCGUAAAUUACAGGAUGUAUUUUUGUGUACACGUUUCAUUCCUUUGAUACGAUUUGAAAUUGUCUCUCAAUUAAACAAAAUGGUGGUUUAAAA